AUGCGCCACAGCCUGACCCAGCUGCUGGCGGCCUCGUCGGGCGGGGAGAGCCCCUCGGCCGCCGCCUGGCAGCUCCCCGGCGCGGGGCCGGCCCCUGGGGCCGGAGGCGGCGAUGGCGGGGAGGAGGAGCCGGAGGGCCCCCGCACCAAGCGGCCGCGCUGGGACGCGGCCUUCCUGGAGCAGCCGCAGCAGGCGCGGGGGGAGGCGGCCGCUGGGGCCCAGGAGCCGGCAGAGCAGGAGGACCCGUUCGCGGGGCUGGGGCUGGAGCUGGGCGAUCUGCUGGAGGCGGCCCAGCCGCACUGGGACCUGGACGUGGAGCCGAGCGGCUGCUUCUGCGGGCAGCAGGACGAGCCGGAGCCGCCCCUGAGCGCGCCGGGCCGGAGCAGCGUCGGGGCCGGGGCCGGCCCGGGCGGGGUGGCGACCGGGAGCCGGCUGAAGGCGGCGGCCGCGGCCCGCCUGAACCGGCUGAAGAAGAAGCAGUACGUGCUGGGGUUGGAGAGCCGCCUGCAGGGCCUGGCCGCGGAGAACCGGCAGCUGCGGGACCGCAACCGGGGCCUGAACCGGCGCCUGCGGGAUCUGGAGAGGGAGACUAACUAUCUGCGGGCCGUGCUGGCCAACCAGAGCGCCUUGGGGCAGCUGCUGAACCGCCUGGCCGGGGCGGGGGGGCUCAGGCUCCGUACCAGCCUCUUCAGGGACGUGGACCCGCCCCAUCAGCACCCACCACAGACCGGCGAGAGCCGCGACCACGACUACGCCCUGCCGAGCCAGGAUGCUGGCGAGCUGGAGGCGGAGGAGCGGCCGGCCUCUGGCGGGAUCUGCCUCCACGUGGACAGGGAUCAGCUGUCGGUGGAGUUCUGCUCCCUGUGUGCCAGGCGGGCAUGUGCCGCCUUCAAAAUUUUCUUUUUUAGGUGCUUGCCCUGCCAGGCUCCGUUGUGUAGGGGUUAAAGAACAGUCGUUUUCCACCUCGCAACCUGGUCUUCUGUUUUUAGACCACCCAGAACUAUAAGCAAAUGGUUCUCCUUUUGAAAGGUCAGCAUUUGUGCCUUCCAGUGGUAUACAAUUCCUGAUUCUAGUCCUCGUGGUUCUCAAUAUCACUUUAAAAAAGAAAAUCACUUCUCAUUAGUCUACUUUACGUAGUGAUGUCAAAUUUUGUAUUUUAAACAGAACCCAAAUAUUGGUUUCAAUUAUUAACAUUGUACAAUGGCACCCUAAUGCAGGCAAGUCACCUACUUUUUUCACAGAAUUGUAAUGUGAAUUGCAAUUCUAAUUCUAGUUCACCAUAAAUAGUCUGUAUACCCAAGAUCACUGAGAUUCCUUGUAUUUCAAAAGUGGCUUUUUACUUAAAAAAUUGCGUACACACUUGCGUAACUUUACUAUGGGAUCUUAAAUUGGCAUCUCUGAGUAUUCAGAAAUAUCUCUAACUUUCUAUAGUCAGUUAGGAAAUACAAUCUGCAGAUGAACAAAGGUUAUGUCUUGACAUAGAUGGUUUGAAAAAAUAAUGCGCAUGCAGACCUCCAUGUUUAGUUAAGAGAGGAGGAAUAAAAUAAUUUGGGGGGUCACAGACAAAUGUGUGAGAGUUGCUUUUGGAUCAGCACUAAUAUUACCCCUAUCUUGCAAGAUGAAUAGGUUACAAAACACCUUUUUAUUUUUUGGUUGUAUUAAAAUGUUUAGAUUAUUUCCAUGUAUGUAAAUUGGGGAAGAAAGGGUUGUGAAAAAUAAUUAAAUGUAAAGUGAGGUUUCACAAAGAAUGGGUCAACUUAAGUCUAGAGUUAAUGAUUUGAGAUGUCUCUAUUUCUAAAAUGAUUGAGUUAAUAUACUUAAACCUUAAAACUAAGGUAUAAUAAAUGGAUUUAUAUGUUGGAUUAAGAGUAAAUUGAAGGGUCUCCUUCUCUCAGUGAUGUGCUUAAGUAGCUCCCAUUAGUGGUAAUAGGAGUUAAAGGAAGAGCAAGAGAAGAGACAACUAAUUUCUUUGUGAAACAUCACUGUUUGAUAAAGUAUAUGUGUAUUUAGCAUCCUUGUUUUUCUUUAUGCUAAAGUGGAUACAGCUGUGUUGGGGCAGAAGAGACGGGACCAGCUGCUGGCCACAUUUCCUGCUUUAUUUUAAAAGGUAGUAUAA